AUUAAACAAUAAGUUAAAGUAUCUUAAUCUUAAGUGGAGAAUGACCUCGUUGCAUGUUGCGGAAAGAGGUGUAUUUGAAAUCUUUUCAGUACUGAAGUUCAAACUCCACCUCAAAAUCCAGGAACUGAAAAACGAUACAUUUCAAUUUCGUUACCGAAUAGGUUCCCGUGACAUUGUACAUCUCCAUUCACAAUGGCACAAGAUAAACAUUCGGGGUUUUCAGAGAAGUUCAUCUGCUCAGUUUGCUUGGAAAUGCUGAAUGACCCGGUCACUAUACCGUGUGGACACAACUACUGCAUGUGCUGCAUUAAGAAAUACUGGGAUCGGGAAGAAGCAGCGGGGAUUUACAGCUGCCCUCUGUGUAGAGAGGAAAUCGAGCCAAGGCCCGAGCUUACAAGAAAUACUUUGCUAGCUGACGUCACAGAACUCUUACGAGAUAUGGCAGUCGGUUCUUCUCUGCCUCGGACACAUGCUGGGCCCGUCGACGUGACUUGUGAUUUCUGUACAGGGGAAAUCCGAGAAGCAGCUGCGAAGACUUGCGUCACCUGCAUGGCCAGCUAUUGCGUGACGCAUCUCCAGCCACACAGGGAGUCUGAGGCUUUCAAGACACACCGACUGGAGGAGCCGACGGGAAACCUCAAACAGAAGCUCUGCUCAAAGCAUCACAAACUUCUGGAAAUGUUCUGCAGAACUGAUCAGACCUGCGUCUGUUUAAUGUGUGCAGUAAUUGAGCACAGGGACCAUGACUUGGUGACGCCUGAUGUGGAGACAGCUGAGAAACAGGGUCAGAUGGACAUGAAGCGAAAAGAAAUGAAGAGGAUAAUCUGGAAAAAAGAGGAGCAAGUGGCCUUGAUCAAAGCAGGCAUAGUGGAACUGAGGAACACUGCACAGAGGGAAAUACAGGAAUGUGAGAAGACCUUCAUUUCUGUCCUCCAAUCUAUUGAAAGGCUGAGGGUAGAAGUGACCAUGCUGAUAAGAGAUCAUGAGGAAAGAGAAGUGAAAAAGGCUAAAGAACACAAAGAACAUCUGGAAAAACAGAUUGAGGAGCUGAAGAUGAGAGACGAUGUGAUGCUAGAACUCUUGAAAAUGGAUGACCACAUCUGCUUCCUUCAGAAGUUCCCAUCUGUCAGAGAUAUUCCGAGAUAUGGAGACACACCAAGCAUCCCUGAGAGCAGAUGUUUGUUUCCUGUGACUCUCAAAAUGGACCUGUGUAAUCUGAAGAAGCAUUUAAACACAAUCAGCUGCUUGGAGUUUGUGGAAAACAAACAGACUGGGCUCGAAGAACCAAGUUACAUCUUGCAGAACCUGAUGGAAAUAAAUUUUCUUUUAAAAUACGCCUGGCCUCUUACAUUGGACCCCAAUACCAUAAAUGGAAGCCUCCGCAUCUCUGAAGAGAACACGAUGGUGAAAUUUAACACUGUUAAAGCCCACUACCCAAUCCAUCCUGACCGAUUUGAGCGAUGGCCCCAAGUCCUGUGCCGAGAGGCUCUGUUUGGCCGUCGCUACUACUGGGAGGUGAAGUGGAGCGGAGAACACGCUGAUAUUGGAGUUGCAUACAAUGACAUUUGUAGGAAAGGUGGGGAUUCAAAGUGUCUCCUUGGAGGCAAUGACAAGUCCUGGAGUUUAGUCUGCUCUGACUCCCGUUAUUCUGUGCGGCACAACGGUGUGGAUACUCUAAUAUCUGCACCCAGCAGCCAAACAAUAGGAGUCUAUCUGGACUGGCAUGACGGUACAUUGUCUUUUUAUAGCAUUUCAGAUACAUUGACUCUUCUGUUUAGAUUUCAUACCACUUUUACUCAGCCACUCUAUCCAGGAUUUAGAGUGACUGGUAGUGUGAAAAUCUGCCAGCUAAACUAGCUAGAAUGUUAGAUGGUGUCGUGUACUAAGGGAAUUGUGUCUCUCAUAUAAGGGGGCUACUUUGAAGCGAAUGUGGAUCUGGCAU